GUUGUUUUGCUUUAUGCUAAUGCUUAGCCUAUACCAGGAAGACCGUACAUACAUAUUCUACACGUCGCUCGUUAGCAUCGCGCGAUCAAGGCAGCUGCUGGAUGUGACCGUUGUCAUAGUUUGCGGUUGCGUGUCGUGCUGCAGUUGGCCAGCCGGUGGGCACACCUCGCAGGCCGGACGCCAUAGGAGGGGAACGCCGAUUAAGUCCGCGAUUGCGUGCAAUAUUCAGCUGCCAGUGUUGCAAUUCACUCUCGGCAGGUUAGGCAGCCAGUUGACAUUGUGAAUAUAAUGACGAUGUUGUGAAAUGUAGGCAUAUUCCUUUUAUUUAGAUUAGACCCAGCCGGGCAGUUCUUUAAUACAAACAUUAUCUGAAGAUAAUUGGCCUGCUUGACAAUCUUAUAAUCUUAUACCAUGUGACGCCAUAUAUUAUGCAUCUUCGUAUAUUAGCUGAGUGAAAUCAAAUUAACACCUAUUUAAUUUUUCUUCUCCGUAUAAUAUAGCCUCAGCGCUGUGUAUUAAAUCCUGUUGCAUUUCGCUUAUGAAUUUUCUCUACUGAAGUGUGCGUUUGAUCAAACAUGAAUUAAAGACUGAAGUAAUUCAUUUGUUUCGACACUAUCAGCAUUGGAUAAAAUGCAUGUGCUGGGGUUAGUCCAAGUUUAUGCUAACGUGUUUCUCAAUCUAAUGUUUAUUUAAAACAAGUUAAUCUUGUAUGGUAACAAUCCAAGCUGGUGGUUUUUACUCAGCUAAUUAAUAAAGUGGCUCAGGACCCACUGAUCCCUGGCAGAUUCGUGAGCCUUAAGUACGUGGCGCCAUGUCACUGAGUGUGGUGAACACCAACCUCUCCUCCCUGAAGUCCUGUCAGACGGACGUCGGCACGGCGAUGGAUGUCGUAACUGAUGCCGCUAUGGAUCUGGCGGAAACCGAAGGGAGCGAGCGGGACGUCCAGGCACUGGAGAAGCUGCUGUUGGACUGUGCCCGGCUGGAUGAAGACCUCACACGCUUCUCCGAGGCCGUGGAGCACGUUACGGCACAGGCUCGACGGCAGCCCCCAGAGGCGAUGCGGGACCUCAAAGACGCAGUGAAGCAGCGAUUCGCCGAGCUGACAGACACCCUCUCUAAUGCUGACCUCCAGAGACACGCCAAGGUGGCAGCCUUCAGGGAGAGCCUGAGGAGGUUUGGCACGCAGACCAAUCCCUCAGCUAGCCAGGGGACAGAGGAAGAUCUUGAUGAUGACAUCGCGGUCAUGCAGAGCCAGAUUAACUUCUCCUGUCCCAUUACCCAGCUGGAAAUGGUCAACCCAGUGAAGAACAUCAAAUGCAAUCACCAAUAUGAGCAGGAGGCAGCAGUCGCUGCCAUCCAGCGCAGGGAGAAGCAGAAGAAGAAGUUCCGCUGUCCCUAUGUUGGCUGCGACAACACAGACGUGAAGCAGUCAGACCUGGUGCCAGAUGUCACCCUGAGGAGAAUGAUCCAGAAGAAGCAAGGUGCAAGGACAUAAAAUGCCUUUGCGGUGUCCCGCUGUACGGUGGUGACUGUUUUGUAUGAAUUCUAUCUUUUUUUUUUACAAUAAAAAUGAAACUCAGGUUGCUUAUA